AUGGUGGAUAAACGCGACUCACCGCCAUUGUUACGCGCCGAAGUGAUCGAGGAAGAUUUCAUGAAGGAACCAAUAAAGCUACGCCCAAGUGUUGUCUCAGCCACAGGCGAGGAUUUCAUGAAAGAACCAAUCAAACUGCGCCCAAGUGUUCCUGUAGCUACUGGUGAGCACUUCGUCAAGGAAACAGUGAAACUACGUCCAAGUAUCCCGAAAGUCACAGUUCCUCGACGAAUCAUUCAUCAGGCCCCUGAAUACUAUGACGUCGGGCCACCAACGUUGGAGCAAGAAAUGCCAGAGAUGUAUCCAGCUGAUAGUGAUUGGAUAGAAGGAGAGAUUGAGGUUCCCUCCAGUGACGUUCCAUUGCUUCCGGACGGUCAAAUGGAUAUUGAAUUAGAUUAA